UGAAAAUUGUUGAAACGUCGAGUGAAUCAAGUUCAAGAGUGUGUCCGGUGGUAUCCCAGUCAAGCGUGCAAUCCGUCGAGUUAAAUCAAUGGAUACGGCUAAAUUGACCGACUACAGUGAGGCGAAGACACAUCUGGAGCAACUGCAGCAGACUCUUACCCACUUGGACCACACCCAUGGACAUCCUCAUUCCCAUUCCCAUCCGCAUACACAUCCGCAUCCUCACCAUCAUCACCAUCACCAUCAUCUUGGAUUGUAUCAUGGGGCGGCAAAUACAUCCACCAUAACCACAGAUUCGGUGGUUUCCUGUGUUAGCUCAACAUUGCCAUCUGUGGGAAAGGCCAUUGCCUCAUCCUCAUCCGGUACAUCAACUUGCCUUAACCUGGAGGAUCGUCGGAAAUGUCACAGUCAUAGCAAUGACCUCGAUGUGAGCCACACACUGAUGGAGGCCAUUUGUAUUGGCCAGAAGUCGCCACCUUGUUGCUUGGCAUUGGCCGGCAAUUCCUCACCGCCGGUUCCGAUUGCCACGGCAGCUCUUAUGAAUGUCGCCGCCGCAUCUACCGCAUCUUCCGUAUCGAAUGGAGUUAGUGCUUCCGCCGCCGCUUUGUGCAAUGAUAUAACAAGGGAAUCGUCCUGGUAUGCCCAUCAUCAUCAUCAUCACCAUCAUCAUCAUCAGCAAUUGGCCGAUGAAUUGGUCAUGUAUGCAACGCCCACACCGACGGCAGCAGCAGCGGCGGCAAUUGGCAAAUUUGGCCUGGACACAUCCACGGAGGGUUACUUGAACGCAAGGUACAAUGUAAAUGUCAAAGGCGUGCGCCAUGAAAGAACAUCAGCAACAUUUUUCGAUAUACCCGCUGUGACGCAUCCGCACCCGCAUCCGCAUCAGCAUCCAGGACAUCCACAUCCACCGCAUCCAUAUUGCUAUAGGUUUCCAUCAUCGCCACCCGCGGGCAUUUUAAAAAAGAGCGACGAAGAGCCAACAGCCGCUGCCGCUUAUUGCAAUGAAUCGUCGGCAACGGGUUCUGGCCAGGAUCAGCAGCAGUUUCAACACAAUACCAAAAUCGAACAUGCCGAUUCAACAACAACAGCACAGCAGCAGCAACAACAACAACAGCAGCAACAACAGCAACAUCAGCAACAGCAACAUCAACAACAACAACAGCAGCAGCAGCAGCAACAACAAGAUCUGCUUCAGCAGCAGCAAGUUUCAUCACUUCAUUCCCAUCAUCAGCACAGUCAUGAUCAAUCGACUCAUCCGCAUUUGACUCCUUUGCACGCUGCCUCCGCCUUUAAAUUUAGCCACACGGCUGUCAUAUCCAGUUCGGCUGUCUAUGCCGGGCAACCGCCACAUUACUCCUCACACCAGCAGCAACAGCAGCAGCAACAUCAUCAUCAUCAGCAGCAGCAGCAGCAAACCACAUCCCAAUCUAGUCAUCCCGCCAUCUAUCGUGAUCUCUCUCCUAGUACGGUGGCAGCGUCAGCCGAUUCGGAUCUUAAAUACGACACUGGACCCUAUAAUGCCACCAUUUCAUCCACUUAUCCAUCCGCUCUGCGUCCCAGUGUGGUCGAUUCGACUACCUCUAGUGAUACAGAACUGCGUCUGGAUCAUUUCUAUGCCAGCAAUGGCAUCUCCACCAGCAGUAAUGGUCAGACAAUAAGCCAACGUCGUGGUUCACUGCAACUUUGGCAGUUUCUGGUAGCCCUUCUAGAUGAACCCACGACCAGUGCCAGUUGCAUAGCCUGGACAGGACGCGGCAUGGAAUUCAAGUUAAUCGAACCAGAAGAAGUGGCUCGACGAUGGGGUCUCCAAAAGAAUCGGCCAGCGAUGAAUUAUGACAAAUUAUCUCGAAGUUUGCGUUAUUACUACGAGAAGGGCAUCAUGCAAAAAGUCAAUGGAGAGCGUUAUGUCUAUCGCUUUGUCUGCGAUCCCGAUGCCCUCUUCAAUAUGGCCUAUGGCCAUCUGACAACCACCUCAGCCAAAGGAGGAGAUCAACAUCAUUUGACACUGUCGUUGGCCAAGUCGCCACCAGUUUCUGCUGCCACAGAGACGCAUCGCGUGCCAAAAGCUACCGCGGUUGAUUAUUAUGAUGGAGGCUUACAUAAGUAUCAGUAGAUGAUGGGGAUGUGAACUGGAAAGAUGGGUAUGGGAACGAAUGGUAGCGUGUCCAUGAAUUUUGUAAAUUGUGUAAUCUAUUUAAUGUGGAUGUGUGUGCCCAUUUGCAAGAGAAGGUCCUUUUUGCGUUUAGAUGAGCCAACAAACCUAUGAAAAAAUUUCAAUACUUUGUUUCAGAUUGUAAAAUUUAUAUUUGUUCCCAGAAUUGUGAUGAUCUGUAUCUGAUCUCAUCUAAACCAGAUCUUCAAGAUUCAGCGCACAUGCAGCCAUAUUUAUAUAUACAUAUAUAUAUAUAUACAUACAAAGUAAACAUAUACAGAUUAUAAUUAUGUGUCCACCAUUGUAGAUGUACUUAGUCUGCGUUGAGGUUGAGUUAAUAAAAAUAAAUUAUAUAACGUU